AUGAUCCCGGCGUUAGACGAACGGGCCGCCGAGUGGUGGAACUCACUUGUUGGUUGGAGUAAAGUUUACGUCGGCAUGCCCAAUGAAUGUCCACCAUGUGAGUCCAUUGUUUUUGCAUUUUCUUUAAUAUCACCACCUUUUGUGUUCGCAACGCAAUGCUGUAAAGACAAAACAUCAACCUGGGAGAUGAUAAGAGAUAUUAUCGCAUCAAUACUACCAAAUGAAACAAUUCCACCAAUUGAUCCUUUUAAUCCAUUUCUGAACAAUUUAUUCGAAAUUAAAGACAAGCUUGCAAUUGACACAGAACAGAAAAUGAUCUUAAUGCUCGAAAAAUAUGUAAAUCUUCGAAAUCCAAGUUUUUUGCUUUGGUCAUUUCCCGAAUCAAUACCAGAUCAAUCAAUCUACUUUUCAGCUAUUUCAACUAUGAUAAAAAAUCAAGUCCCAUUCAUGAAAAAAUAUCUUUACGGGCAAGGAUACGCUGAUCAGUUUUUUGAUCGAUUUCUUCCUUUAAUUGAUUCUCAGCAUAUCAAUAUUUCAAGUUCUGUUAUAGAUAUGCUAUGUUCCUUACUCACAGAAAAGAUUUAUUCUUUCUCAAAUUUAUCAGACGUUGUAAGUCAUUUUUUAGAACAGCUGUGGAAGGCCAUUGUAUCACCAAAUAUGAGCCUUUCAGUUUGUGCAUGGCGUGCAGUCAUUUUAAUGCUAAAUCUAGGUAAAGAUUGCUUCAGCGCAACAGAAUUUCUCCAAACAAUCGAUAGUCUUAUUAAAGUUACAAUAAAUAUACCAUCUUUACGAUACUUAACUUGCCAGUACCUCGUGAAAGUUGAUAUUCCACGCUUUUCUUAUUUAACUCUCGUCAGACAAUUAUUAUACAUCGAAACAACAAGUGUUGACAGCUUUGACAUUGUCACUAUGCUAAUAAAUGCUGGCGUCUUUUUAAAAUACCAGCAAUUGAUGCAAAUUCUCUUUACAAUUGCCCUUCAAGAUUCAAUUUGGUCUCGGGCUGCAAUUUCGUGCCUUUCGACCAUCCUCAAUCAAAAGCUUAGCGCCUCUGAUACACAAUGGUUUCUAAGUGCUGUCAGAUCGAUUUUGACAUAUGUUGGAGUUAUCGCCGGCUCAAAAGGGAACGCGGAGCAAUGUGAUGCAAUAAUCGACUGCCUGGGUAUGAUUACUGAUACUAAGGUCGAUUGGGUCGUAAGAGCAAUUUCAAAACCUUAUACGGCGUUAAUUGUUACGAAAACAUUAAAAAAACAUCACAGCGAUAUUCCUCUGGAUAAGGCUGUUGACUAUAGCAUAAUGAGAGACAUAGAAAUAGCAGCAUCACGACCCAACGUCAGAAUCGUCUUGAACAAUAUUAUGGACACGACGGUUAUCCCAGAACAGAUAGAACGAUCAAAAAGUUCACUUUUAUCUAACGGAAAAACGUCGAGAACUCCAAGACCGCAAAUUGCAAAGCCUCCAACGAAAAACCAUGCGAAGAAGUCAACGGCAAAUGCCUUCAAAUCUACUGUAAAGACAGCUUUGCCAAGAUCUCGUUCAUUUCCUUUGAAACAGAAAAUAUAA